CCUGUGGUGCACCGGAGGGGCAGGCGGGAGGUGGCGCUCUCCCCCAGCCCCUGGGUGGCCUGUCUGUCUCGCUCAGAUGUCGUGUCCAGCAGAGGUGGCUGCCUUGGCAGAGGAAGAGCUGCUCAGCUUCCUCCUAGCGGGCGAUUCCCCCUGUGCGGCGUUCCCUGGGGCCGACGCCAAGCUGCCGGGAGACUGGGGGCUGCUGGAGCCCGAGCUCCUGGAUGAGAAGGAGGUGGAGGACUUCCUCAGCGCCCUGCUGAGCCCCUUUGGGCAGGGCCACUCGCCCCCCGACAGCGACAGCAGCUUCUCCGAGGACCAGACCACAGUCCCCAUGCCCUGGUCCCCGGCCAGCGACCUGGCCAGCAGCCCUUCCAGCUCGGCCGUGGUGCAGGUGGACCACAGCUACUCCCUCCAUCGCGACGGGGCGGUGCUGCAGCGCGCGAGAGCGGAGAUGGCAGAAGGAGACAUCUUCAUUGACCUCGAUGCGUGGGGGGACUCUGGAAGUGCAGAGGAGACGCCAGGAGACAUUGCGGUGCCUGUGGAUGACUUGGGGCCUGGGUCCCCCGUGCAGUCUGGCUUCCCCGAGCUCACCCUGACAGAAGAGGAGAAACGGCUUCUGCAGAAGGAGGGUGUCUCCUUGCCAGCCCACCUGCCCCUGACCAAGGUGAGUCCCCACCAGCCCGGCUGGGAGGGCCAGGCCAGAGACUGAUCGUAGCGCUGAGGGGGGCCCUUCCCCACACUCU